AAGAACAUCAGCUACAGCUACGACGACUGGGCGCAAAGUCGCCCUGAGAGUAUGGCAAGGCUUAGGCGAUGUUUACGCCUGGCCUUUGCCCUGCUGGUGUUCAAGGGCCUGGCGCUGGCGAGCCUGGCUCCCAGGAGUGCUCUGAGAGUAGCCGGAGUCCUCCUCUUUGCCAGCGAAGCCGCGCGGGCGGAGAAGGAUCUGGGCUACGAGCAGAUGGAUCGCCUGAAAGGGGGCGGCGAGGCCUUGGGAAAGAAACGGACGAGGAUGCCCGGGUUCCGGGCUUUGCCGAGCGGCCUGCAGGUGAAGGACGUGGACCCCGGCAGGAGCGGGGCGCCAGAAGCGCAGCUGGGGGAUGCGGUGGUCUUCACCUGGGAAGGCUACACCAUCAACUACUUCGGGCGGCCCUUUGAGACGCGCACGCUGCAGAAGAUGGAUGGCCUGGAUCCAGACCCCGUUCGGUUUCAGGUCGGUGAUGGCACCGUGAUCAAGGGCAUUGAUGAGGGGGUCCUCGGCAUGCGUGAGGGUGGCGUCCGGCAGCUCAUUGUGCCGGUGGAGUUGAGCUAUGAUGAGGGGCACCAGCUGGCGCCGCGGCCGAGCACCGCCGGGGGCAACCGCGCGCUGGACUUUGUCAUGGACAACAAGGGCGGGCUCAUGGACAAGACCCUGCUGAUCAACGUUGCGGUGAAGCGCGUCUAUCCAAAGUGAAGGCCAGGCGACGACUUUUUCGGG